GAGAGCAAACAUGGCGAUAUGUUCGUGGCAGUAGUGAGUUUUGUUUUGGUAUUUUUUGAAGACCCAUUAGAGUGAUUCGUCGCGAAAUGAAUGCUGGUGUUUUUCUUUUUAUAGAAACGUCAAGCUUGUGCAUUUUAAAUUAUACCUAGAACUGUUUUCGCAAUUCGAAGUGUGCAGUGACGUUUAUAUCCUUGGGAGUGUUUAUCCGACGCAAGGCAGCGAGUGUAAUAGAAAAACAAACUCUGUAUUCAGUCUAAAAUGGCUGCAGAAUGAGUAGUGGUUUAACAGUUUCACCCUCAUCUGAAGUGAGGCCAAUGGCUCACGUAAGAAAAACAAACUGCAGGGAAGUAGUACCUUCGGUUCAUGGGCGCACGUCAUCAGCCACCACGGGAGCCGGCAAGUCGCGGAUAAGUAAUCACCAGAGAAAUUUGAGUCUAGACUUUCGGUCAAUGGGCAUUCUCCUGCCACCUGUUAAUCAGGUCACCACGGUAACUAAUACUCAUCUCACGUUGCACCACCGCAAUCGAUCUUUGGACUCCGCCCUUCAGCGGAUUCCCGAGGUGGAUGUGACUCCCAGUCCCGAAUGUGAGGGUGUAAUCGGUGCUGCUGUUAUUAGCCCCGAGUCGUGUCCGAUGCCGGUGUCUUCUGCGAAACAAAGGGAGGAACUGACGUCCCUAGGUUCAGACGACAGCGGUAUAUUAUGUGGAUCUGAUGUCGGUUCAAGUAGUGAUACAACUAGAGAAUCUAGUGUGGAGCAUCUUUCCAAUGAGAGUCGCGAAAGUCUAGAUGAAAUAACCAAUAACCCGUCAGACCGAAAACAGUGCCAAAACAGUGAUUUGGAUAACAGGACUAAUGUCGUUUGCAAAAGUGACAAUAAAAAGACUAUACCCAAAAGUACAGGCAUGCUCCGCUUACUGGAAAGCAAGGUUUUUGAUGUGGCGAUGGCGAUGCAUUACCUCUUCAACAGCAAAGAGCCCGGCGUUUUGUGCUAUAUAGUCAACAAGAUGUUUAGUUUUGAAGAUGCGGAGGUGGAUUUUUAUUUGCCCCAGCUGGUUUGCAUGUAUAUAGAGAUGCCAGACGUUGCUGAGGUUAUUCACCGGUACCUGAUACAUAGGUGCAGGCAAUCAAUCGAUUUCUCUCUGAAAUGCGCGUGGUUACUGGACGCCUACAGUACAGACCCGACAGUACCGUCUAAAAAGAAACCGCACGGGAUCAAGCUGCGCCAAUUAAUACUAUCGGAUGAACUUAGACCUAAAAUACAGAAAACUCUCCCCGUUAUCUCUCCUACUACCGAGAAGUCUAUAAUAACGUUUCUGCGGAAGUCGCAUCAGAGGUCUCAAAGCGAUGCGUCGGCGUUGUUGAGUGUGGCAUCCCCAGCGGUACCGCCAACUACAACAUGCAAGAAAAUCCCUUCCAGCAAACUGUGUUUUGGAGAUCUGAGCUCUGGACAUGCUUUUGACAAUGGAUGCCUGUGCUUUGAGAGCAGGCGGAGUAUUGUCAACGAUCUUAGGGGAAAAAAGACUGAAUGUACCUGCCAAGCACCAAGACUGAAACCAGAACUAGAAUUUAUGCAAGCUCUAAUCCUAAUUGGUAAACUGCUGAGUUCAAUUCCAACCAAGGAAGCCAAAACUACCAGGUUAAUGGCCGAGCUUACUACACUAAACCUAAACUUGCCGGCGCGGGUCUGGCUACCCUUGAACAGCUCGAGUCCGCACCUAAUUGUUAGGAUACCGCCGCAAGUUGCCGCCGUACUCAAUUCCAAAGACAAGGCCCCUUACAUAAUUUAUAUUGAAGUGGUUGAAGUGGAAGACAUGUACAACACCCCAGUGCCCAGCAAAAUAAUGCCGACUUUGAGGCACACCAAGUCUGAAGAAAAUUUGAAACACGAAUCAAUGUCAUUGUCGUCCUUUAGUGUUUGUGGCACUUGUUAUGAUGAUAACGAUCCAGACUGGAGUCAAGAAGAUGAUGAAAUAUCUCAACAGUAUAUACAGAUGAAGAGGACAAUAGACAGAGACACAAUAUCCCAAAUGAGUCAAGAUUCGAGCGAUUCGGGGGUACCAUCCAUGUCUGUACCGGCAAGUGAGAUCAGGAGAAGAUUGUCGGACUUCUUUCAUGAAGAAAAGAGCAGAAAAUUCACCCACGAUCCGGAAGAUCCUUCUGCGGCUGUUUUAAAAGAGCCAUGGCAGGACAAGGAGCAAAGAAUAAGAGAAACUUCUCCCUAUGGUCAUUUGCCGACAUGGCAGUUGCUCUCUUGUAUUGUCAAGUGCGGGGACGACCUAAGGCAGGAACUCAUGGCUUUCCAACUGCUUCAGAUGUUUAAGAAGAUAUGGGAGAUUGAGCAUGUUCCUUUAUGCAUACACCCAUAUAGAAUAUUAGUACUCUCUGAUGAUAGUGGCCUUAUUGAGCCUAUCCUCAACACAGUGUCCCUUCACCAAGUAAAAAAGCACUGUCAGCUUUCUCUCCUGCAGUACUUCAAAAGAGAGUAUGGCUCAGAAACUUCAGAGGCCUUUCUCACAGCCCAGAAGAAUUUUGUACAAAGCUGCGCGGCAUACUGCCUCAUCUGCUACCUGAUCCAAGUCAAAGACAGGCACAACGGCAACAUUUUACUGAAGAGCGACGGUCAUUUGAUCCACAUCGAUUUCGGGUUUAUUCUGUCGACAUCGCCGAAGAACUUGGGAUUCGAAAAGUCUCCGUUCAAGCUUACUUCCGAGUUCGUGGAAGUGAUGGGCGGAGAACAUUCCGACAUGUUUGAAUAUUUUAAGAUUCUGAUUCUGCAGGGGCUUGUCGCGGCCAGGAAGCAUCACGGGAUGAUCAUCGAUUUGGUGGAGAUUAUGAGGCUGGGUUCCCAGUUACCAUGUUUUAAAUCAGGCGCGCCUGCCGUCCAGCAUUUAAAGAACCGGUUCCACAUGAAUAUGACUGAGGAACAGCUUUGUUUAGAGGUUAAUCGUAUGGUUGAAGGGAGCAUACAUUCACUGUCCACGAAGCUCUAUGACGGCUUCCAAUACUUUACCAACGGAAUUUUAUAAUCACCAAACUUAAUGAAGUACAUGUAACUUAUAAACUAGAAUAUUAAAUCAUACUAGCCCGGGCGAAAGAGUUAAGUUUCUAAUAAAUAAUUUUGAACUUUAUACAUAUACUAGUAAAUAAUGUUAUAUAAUGUGAGAUUUAAAUGAAUGUUUAAAGUGACCUUCGUAAUUGAUUUCCAUGUUUUUGCCUCGGAAAAGAUGGAGAAGUGUCAUGUAAAGUAAUUUACAUACGUAAAUUAGUAAAAGUGAGUAUAUAUGGACUGAACAAUUGAUCGCCUUAUUUAUGUUAUCCGAUGAAUGAUUGUAAUAUAUAUAUUUAUAAUAAAUGCUCAAAGUGUAAUACUUAGAGAAUGAUACUGCUUUCCUUUUAUCAUAAUUUGUGACGGGACAUUAGGAGCACGUCCAUUUUGCUUCUUUUGAUAAAAUUUUAGAUUGUAUACCUAUGCUGUGUUUAUAAAAAAAUACUCAAAAAAUUUUUAAACGCAAUCAAAAAUGAUUUGUUGCUAAAGUUCCUACGAAAAAAUUUAUUGUAAAACUUUUGGCAAACCACUCAAACUUAACAAAAUUAUAAAUAGUCUAUACCUUUUUUUUAUAUGGUAACCAUCAUUUUUGAUAAAAAUUAUUAUUAGAAAAAGACGCGUGUACUCAUCUUUGACAUAUCAUGUUUACUAAUUCGUUAAUCGCCGUUACAUUCCAAGUCCAAAACAAAAUCAUUCUGUUGAUGGAUUGGUAUUCUUUUCUCCUCGUAAUUAAUUUGGUUUCAAUAAAAAUCUCAAGCCAAGUCUCAUCUCUUUUAUUAAUAAAAAUGCUAUUGUUAAUAUACCAUUGUGGAAUAUAAUUCUGUUUAAAGUGUCAGAUUAAAUAAAAUAUUUUCAAACAAUAUUAAGUGUGUAUUGUCCAUCCAAUAAAUUGAAAAAUAGAUUUGUAAAAUUGUAAAUAGCAAAGUGACAAAAGUCUUCUUGUUAAGUAAUAUUAAUUUAAACUUGAUCCACUUUGUAAAUAAAUAAUUUUAAAAUUAUAUAUGUUUGAAAACAUGGCUUUGUUUUCCCUUUUUCCAUUCAAUAUUUUUUAUGAAAGACUAAAGAGCAACCAAAACCUAAUGUGGUCAUGGGGCCUUGCCUUUUAAUUAAAUUGAAUGUAGGCAAAUUAUUUGAGGCUGUAGUGUUAAGAGAAAACUUCAACAUAAACCAAAAAUGUGUGUUUUUGUAAAGGAACUGUGUUAAUAAAGUCAUUGCACUAAUUUGUUAAAACUACUUGUUAUUUCUUAAUGUUUCGGUUAAUUGUGUUACUUGUGUAUCUCCAACCAUUAUCUGAAACGUUAAGAUGUAAUUCAAACAAAGGUAAUGAAAUUUUUUCAAAAUUUACUUCAUUAAUUAGUAUAUUAAAACAAAUUUUAAUGCUUUUAAUAGCAACAUUGAAUAUUAUCCAAUUACAAUGAUUAAAAACGGGUACUUGUAUUUUAAGAUGGGUUUAUUUAUUUAUUAGGACAACAUAAUAGCCAAUUGUGCGUAUUUUGCAUUUAAAUUUAAUAAAUAAGUUUAUUUUAGGGAAAUCAGUUCUUGGCGUUUAAAUAUUAUAAAAAUAUCACGUAUAACAAUUCUAUAAAAAGUAUAAUAGACAAUUAACACCCAUAACAAAAGCCUUUAACACAGAAUUUUUAAUUUAUAAAAAUUUGAAAAAUAACUUAACAAAAAAUCCUACAGGAUGCCUUCGUAAAGAAAGGGUCUGGACUAGUCCAUUAUCCUCCAGGUUUGUUAAAAUAUUCAAACAGUGGAACAAUUUCCAAAUAAAUUGUCAUAAAAUGACGACUGAUUCUUCUAACGGCUCCAGCAAUUAUCUUAUACGGGAUAUCCGAGCCCAUUCGGCCUGGUUACCAGCGUGAAUAUAAGACAUCCGGAAACCGUGUUCACAUACACAUCAUGGAAUAACAUCACAAAUCCAUAUACAUCCGCAUAAGACGAACACUAUUUCCCAAAUUUAUAAGCACUGCGCCUCUAUCACUUCAGAUAACAAAUAUACAAAACAGAAUUUGGUACCGGGCAGGAGCAACGUCAUGUGCAAUGGUUCCGUCAGAAUCCU